UGUCAAGACUAAAUCACAGGUGAAAACCCAGUACAUCCCAUCUCCCAAACUAUGGCCAAUCACUCUCAACUUGGUUUUCAAGACGCCUCAUCCCCUAUUAUAGAAGAACUUAUUGAAUUUCACGACCACGCCCUAAUAGUCGCACUAGCCAUUUGUAGCCUAGUCCUAUACCUCCUAGCUCUUAUACUCUAUACAGAUUUUAAAGACCUAUCUUUUGACUCUUACAUAUUACCAACUGUAGACUUACCCCUUGGCCAUUUCCGUCUCCUAGAAGUUGACAACCGCAUCGUUAUUCCAAUAGAAUCCCCAAUUCGAAUCAUUGUCACAGCUGACGAUGUCCUCCACUCCUGAGCUGUUCCUAGCCUUGGUGUAAAAACCGAUGCAAUUCCAGGACGACUGAAUCAAACUUCUUUUAUCACAACCCGUCCUGGAAUCUUCUAUGGUCAAUGCUCAGAAAUCUGUGGAGCUAACCACAGCUUCAUACCCAUCGUAGUAGAAUCAGCCCCUCUAGCAGACUUCGAAAACUGAUCUUCACUUCUAACAUCCUAA